UUAAAACUAUUAUAAAUGCUUGCGCGCGUUUUUUAUACUAUGAGCCUGUACGUACUUGCUAUCAACCGAAUCACGAUUAUUUUAUAAACAUAUGUAUGUACUUACAUUUGUAUUUAUUUUCGCCUAUUUCCGUUUUCCAACACUGCGCACUUUUCCUUUCAACAUUUCGUUUUCCGCCCCUAUCGCAGUUCACCCACUUUUCACUUUUCAUUUUCCGUAUUGCUAUUUUCCGUUUGACAGUUGCGCUGGCCUGUGCUUGUUUUUCGCGUGUUGUAAAUUUUCAAUUGAUAUUCUUUGACAAAUAAAAAUAUAAGUUGUACAAAAUAAAUCAGAAAUUAAAUAAAUUUUUGGAAAAUAUGACUAAAGACAUUUGAAAUAUUUGGAAACACUAUCGAUUUUCCAGUGAUUCAUAUACCCAGCGCAUGAAUUAAAGUGGAAGUGCAGUGCAUCUAACCUAAAAAUAUGUACAUAGUACAACUAGUGGUUGUUGCUUUCUGAAACUGUGUCAGUGGGCUUCGAGCAAGGCCCCUUGCCCUUGGCGAAGAAGCUAGUGGGUUGAGUAAUGAGGAAGCACAGUUAUAGGGCAGAAACGGUAUAGCAAAACAAAAUACGAAAAACACCCGGCAUUAUUGAGAUACUUUCGCCGCGAUGUGUAUAAGCGAAGCGCAAAACGUAAUAACGAAUUUCAAUUACAUCUUUGGAUUCAGCAAAACUCUAGCUGACCAUAGGCGUUGCUGUUGAAGAACGUCCGCCUCAGUCUUAUCGCGACUUUUCAAGUAAACGCAAGCGGAUAAAGGGCAAAAUUGGAUCAACGAGACUGUAAUAGAAAUAAAUUGUUGAAUAUAUAACUCAACAUAAUGCGCGCCCCUAGUGACCUACAAUCGCCCACCAGCGAAAUUGUGCUAUUAACUCCCGCUAGUGAAAUUGCCCCCAAUGUCACCACAGACAACUCCGCUGCUAUCACAGUUAGCAAUGGGGGUGUGGGCGGCCAACAUGAAGGAUCUGCCGAUUCAAAUAACAGUGCUGUGCGUAUGAAAAAACAAUUGGGACUACUUGAAGGAGUUGCCAUUAUAUUGGGUGUUAUAUUCGGUUCAGGCAUUUUCAUAUCACCCAAAGGUGUGAUACGUGAAGUGGAAGCGGUUGGCACAUCACUAAUCAUAUGGGUGCUAUGUGGCAUGUUGUCGAUGAUUGGCGCGCUUUGUUAUGCUGAAUUGGGUACGACGAUACCAAAGUCUGGCGGCGAUUAUGCGUAUAUACUGGAAGCUUACGGCCCACUACCCGCUUUUCUCUACCUCUGGGAUGCAAUGAUGAUAUUUGUCCCUACAACGAAUGCCAUUAUGGGUCUCACGUUCGCCUCUUACGUACUUCAGCCCUUCUUCCAAAAUGAAUGCAGCAUACCGGAGAGCGCCCUACAACUACUCUCUGCGGUAGCAAUAUGCUUCUUAACCUACCUGAAUUGUUGUUACAUGAAAGCUACUACGAAAAUGCAAAAUAUAAUUAUGUUUACUAAAAUUGGCGCGUUGUUAUUAAUCAUUAUUUUGGGUGUGGCUUGGAUGAGUUUUGGUAACGUUGAGAACUUUGCAGACCCCUUCGAAAAUACAGAAACCGAUCCUGGCAAGCUAUCCGUUGCCUUCUAUUCGGGUAUUUUUUCAUAUUCCGGUUGGAGUUAUUUAAAUUUCAUGACAGAGGAAUUACGUGACCCAUAUAAAAAUUUGCCGCGCGCUAUUUAUAUUUCUCUGCCAUUGGUGACGGGAAUUUAUGUGCUCGCUAAUAUGGCCUACUUGGCUGUAUUAUCGCCGGCAGAAAUGAUUGCCUCCGAUGCGAUCGCAGUGUCCUUUGGAGAUCGUGUACUGGGCGUAUGGUCUUUCAUUAUACCCAUAAUGGUGGCGAUAUCCGCUUUUGGUGGUCUCUCGGUGCAUAUAAUGACUUCUUCACGCAUGUGUUUUGUGGGCGCACGUAACGGUCAUAUGCCGGCGAUCUUGUCAAAUAUAAGUGUGGAGCAAUUUACGCCGGUGCCAUCACUUGUGUUUUUGUGCAUCUUGUCGAUUAUAAUGCUAGUCGUGAGCGAUGUUUACGUGCUCAUAACUUACAGCAGCAUAGUGGAGUCGUUUUUCAUAAUGCUGUCAGUAUCGGCGUUACUCUAUUUACGCUAUACCCGCCCCAAUAUGGAGCGUCCAAUUAAGGUCUCACUCGGGAUACCUGUCAUCUUUGUGGUUCUUUGUGCCUUUCUUGUGGUCGUGCCUAUCUAUGUGGCGCCCUAUGAAGUUGGUAUGGGCGUGCUGAUAACAGUUAUAGGUGUGCCAUUCUACUACGUCGGUGUAGUGUGGAAAAAUAAGCCGAAGUGUUUUCAAAGUGCAAUUAACCAUUUUACAUACGCGUGCCAAAGAAUGUUUAUGUCAGCCAAAGAAGAGAAAGUUGAAUGAUUCAUUGACUAUUGUGCCAAAACAAUAACCAUCGUUUAAGUUUUUUCUUUUGCCAGCUAUUAUCAUAUUUAUUACUUCAUUCAUAAGAACUAAUCAAUACUCAUUACCCAUUUCUUAGUUUCUUUAUAUAUUUACGUGUAUUUGAAACGAAUGUGUAAUAAGUAAGAAAGUUAUAAAACUAUAAAGACUUAUGGCCAUAUUCAUAGAACAUUAAAUAGAUUCAAAUUACAUUGCAAAUUAAUUUUAAUUUUAAGAAGUUAGGUGUUCAAAUUUAUAACACAAUUUACACUUUAUAAAUUAUAGCAUUUUUAAAUUCUUAAAAAAUCCCAGUCAUAAAAUAAAUUUUAGCUUAAGUAGUAAUGCUUAAACAGAUUUAACUAAUACCAAUUUAUCAUUGCCAUACAUCACAGCUACAUAAAACAUACUUAGUAAAAACUGAAUUAUUUACAAGCGUUCCUAAAUAUCGACAACUGUCAUAAACAAUAUUUAAUAAGAAAAUGUGUUGAAUUUUUUUUGAUUUAAAAAUAUUCUUAAAAACAAAAAAAUAAUGACCAGAUAUGUAUAUACAUACAUAUGUAUGUAACAUUUGAUUUAUGUAAAAACACUGAAUUAUUAUCCACAAAAAAUUUACACUCUUGUUUACACAGUAAGCCUACGCAUUUGAGAUUUACAUGCAGCUAUUUUUAAAACUUUAUUGGUUGCAAAGUGAACAAAUGUAAAUUUACUAAUUGACACCAUGUUCUGACCGACAACGAAAACACCUUGAAAACGAGUUUUGGGAUUGUGGGCUGAAGGCUGUUCACAACGUCUG